AUGGCAACUUUAGUGGAGCCUCCGAAUGGAAUUAGGUCAAGAGGAAAGCAAUAUUACUCAAUGUGGCAAACAGUGUUUGAGGUUGAUUCAAAGUAUGUUCCGAUUAAGCCUAUAGGUAGAGGGGCUUAUGGUGUUGUUUGCUCUUCGAUUAAUAGGGAAACAAAUGAGAAAGUUGCCAUCAAGAAAAUCAAUAACGUGUUUGAGAACAAGAUUGAUGCUUUGAGGACUCUCAGAGAGUUGAAGCUUCUUAGACAUAUUCGGCAUGAGAAUGUGAUUGCUUUGAAGGAUGUUAUGAUGCCUAUUCACAGGACAAGUUUCAAGGAUGUGUAUUUGGUUUAUGAACUCAUGGAUACAGAUUUGCAUCAGAUUAUCAAGUCCUCACAACCACUUUCCAAUGACCAUUGCAAGUAUUUCUUAUUUCAGUUGCUACGUGGGCUGAAUUAUCUCCACUCAGCAAACAUUCUUCAUCGGGACUUGAAGCCUGGAAAUCUCCUUGUCAAUGCUAACUGCGACCUGAAGAUAUGUGAUUUUGGGCUGGCACGAACUAGCAGAGGCAAUGAACAGUUCAUGACUGAGUAUGUUGUCACCCGUUGGUAUCGUGCACCUGAGUUGCUACUCUGCUGUGACAACUACGGAACCUCCAUUGAUGUCUGGUCUGUUGGGUGUAUCUUUGCUGAGAUACUUGGUCGCAAACCUAUCUUCCCUGGAACAGAGUGUCUUAACCAGCUGAAGCUAAUUAUCAGUGUCCUUGGGAGCCAGAAUGAUACUGAUCUUGAGUUCAUUGAUAACCCAAAAGCCAGAAGGUACAUCAAAACACUUCCUUAUGCAAGGGGAGCCCAUCUUUCACUUCUCUACCCUCAAGCUGAUCGUUUGGCCAUAGACUUGUUGCGAAGGAUGCUGGUGUUUGAUCCUACUAAGAGAAUUACGGUGACAGAAGCACUUCUACACCCUUACAUGUCAGGGCUGUAUGAUCCAAGACAAGGGCCGCCUGCACAGGUCCCAAUCAAUCUUGACAUAGAUGAGAAUCUUGGGGAACAUAUGAUUAGGGAGAUGAUAUGGGAUGAGAUGCUUCAUUACCACCCUGAAGCUGUGUUAGCAAACAGAUAG